UGCAACUCCAAAUGUCGACGGCGAGCGGUAUCUCCCGUGGUAGGAGGAGAAUUGGGUUGUAAAAGUCCAAGAAAUGGCACUCGCGUAGGUCAGGGAGAUCGUUUCAUCCACUCCUUUCGUCGUCUUCAGUUUAUUCAAACUAUAGGUGCAAAAAAUUAUUCCACAAGAAUCUUACGGGCUCUUGAAGAAGCAUCGAUAGUCAAAGUUGACCAGAAUAUUGAUAUUGUCGAGAAGUUUGAUCUAUCUUUUCCUCCUUAUGUCAAUACAGUACAACUGAGAAAUAAGUUACCUAGUGAAAGGAAUUACUCUAUGUCCUCUGAAUCAGUGAAUGAUACUGAAGACCUAGAAGCAAGUGAUGAAGAUGAUGACCGCAACCAUAAACAUCGUAGGAGGGAGGUACAAUCUAUUUCUUUUGAUGAUGAUGUUCAAGACUUACCUAUGCAACGGAUGAAUAGGAGAAGAAGCAAACUUUUUGAUAGUCGGAAAAAUUUUCAUGACAGUGCUAACAAUGGCAAUUUAGAGAAUUUUUCAAACUUUGAUAAGAGACGUCUUAGCUUACCACCAUUGACUCCUCAAUUUGGCUCAAGGGGUAGAAUAAAUCAAACACCUCAGAUUGACACUUUUCCCAAUUUUGAUAAAUCUGCACCCACUGGACGGCCCCUAGUAGGAAGAGGAAGAAACAUUUUUUCCUUGAGCCAACAAGAUUCUAGAUUUAAUCCCCUGGACGCUCUGGAUUUUCCAUCACAGGUUGUUUCACAAGGUCUGCAUACACAUGCUAGUUUGUUUGGGACAGGCAUCCCCAGUGUGGUAAGUGCACAAAAUUCAUCAUGGGGUGCAUUUGGCUUUGUUAAUGGAAUAAACAAUAGAAUUUUGGAUCCACUCCAACCACUUGGUUUGCAAGGGGCCCUUCAGCCUGCAAUCACUCCAUGGCUCAAUAUGGGGAUGCCUCAUCAACGUUGCAGAGACUUUGACGAGCAGGGAUAUUGUCUGAGAGGCGAUAUCUGCCCAAUGGAACACGGUGUUAAUCGGAUUGUUAUUGAAGAUGUGCAGAGUCUUUCUCAGUUCAAUCUUUCACUAUCAGAUCGAAAUUUACAUGCUCUAGGAAUUCAAGCUGGGCAGAGAUCAUUGCCUUCUGCCAGUGCAGCUCCAGUCCCAUCAGCCAGCAGCAGCAAAUUAGUCCCUGCAAAAGAUGGGAAACUGCUUUUGCCCGAGGAUUCAUUAAAGCUGAAUGUGGUUUCAUCCUCUUCUGGUUUUGUUGAAGCUGAUGUAUAUGAUCCUGAUCAGCCAUUGUGGAACAAUGGAUGCCAAGGAACAUCGGAGACUACGGUAAUGCUGUCUUUGGAAAACAAUGAUGCACCUUUAUGGAAUGUAGAUUCUUCUACUCAUUCAUCUGUCCAGGAUCAGAUUGACCAUAGUAGCAGGUCAGAAUUAGGUAGCAAAACUAUUAACAAUGCAGGCACUACAAAUCUCCUUUCGGAUGAAAUAAAGGUAGUUAAUGAGAACUCUGCUGUUAAAGCUUCUGCUUCUGUUCCAGAAAAGCAAUUUAAUGCUGAGAUGAGUAAAAAGCCAAUGCCUCAAAAAGCUUCACGUACACUCUAUGUGCAUAGUAUUCCUCAAAAGGACAACACAAGGGAUGCCCUUCUUUCCCACUUUCAAAAGUUUGGUGUAGUUGUUGAUAUCUACAUUCCACAAAAUAGUGAAAAAGCUUUUGUUCAGUUUUUAAAAAGGGAGGAGGCUGAAGCUGCUCUUAAAGCACCUGAUGCUGUGAUGGGUAAUCGGUUUAUAAAACUAUGGUGGGCCAACCGUGAUAGAGCUUUGAAAGGGCAGAAAAGUUUUCCCCCUAAAGUACCUCCAUCUUCUUCCAUAGGGGUAGGCUAUUUUCCAUAUCGUUCAUUUGCUACUGAGAAAGAAAAAGAGGAUCUGUCUUCUACACUUCCACAUGGAAGUAAAUUGUCUACUUCUGAGGUUGUGGUGUCAAUCCCUGUUCCAAAAAGUUCUGCAAACACUUCAGUGAUUACUUAUACGGGAAAGAAAAAACUGGACAGUCUAGAGGCUCUGAAAGAGGAACUCCGCAAAAAGCAGGAGAAUUUAGCCUUAAAACGGGAUGAGUUUCGUCUCCAAUUAGAAAAAUUUGAGAAACAAGCUGUUUUAGUCAAAAUGGAUGAAGAAACCUUGGAGCCAACAUCUAAAAGACUUAAAAAGGAUUUGAGCAAUGAAGGUGCAAAAACUGAACCAUCCAGAGCACUUAAUAUUCCUGAAGGUGCACAGGAAGAUAUUAAUAAUACUCAAGAAGUCAGAAAAUUAGUGGAUGCUACUGCUUCAUGUACUGCAAAAUCAAAUACUACAAUCAUGGGCAAUUCUAGUAAAGAACAAACAGGUCAUCAACAUUUGUCGAAGUUGAGUACUUGUAGUUUAGAUAAUCAAUCGACAUCCUUCAGAGUUCUUCCUCCUCUUCCAGCUGGUCUCACAAAUGUUGAUGGUCUGCGGGAUCAUUUUGCAUUAUUUGGUGAUCUCUCAUCUGUAGCAUUAGAAGAACCUGAGGAAGGAAGACCAAAUGUGGGCAUGAAGAUGCCUGAAAAUUUUUGUGCUUGUGUAACUUUUUCCUCCUGUGAUUCUGCUGAGAGAGCUUACACAAUGGGUAAAAUUUGGCAAGACAACAGUUUACAUUUUAUGUGGCUGAACGAUCCCAGUCAUGGAAUAAAUUGCAACACCCAAGAAGUAUUAGAACUGCCUGGAUCUUCAAAGAUCUUCAAAUGUGGGUGUUGAAGUUGAACCAGGGACAUCAGUGAAUUCUCCAGGAACCCAAAGAAAUUCAGCAGAUACUGCCCAAUCUGAGUUAAUGGUUUAUGCAGAUGAGAAAUCUUCUUUGUCUGUGGAUGAUGGACAUUCCCAUUGCAAUGAUGGGUCAGUGGCUCCUUUAAUGGCAUCCCAUUCUAAGUACGGUAUGUUGUCAUGCGAGAAGCGGCAAGCUAUGCCCGGUGUCCAAGUAAAAGACAAAAUGGAUAUUGGAUUUGCACAGUAAGGAUUGUCCAUGGAUGAUUUCACAUACAAAAUGGCCAUGCUUCCUAGAUGUAUAGAGGGCUGCUAGGACGGAUUAUGCUGAGGGGAAAAAAGAAUGUCCAACAAACAGUCUUACCAUGUGAGUUGUGGAUCCAAAUUUUGCACAGAAAUGUCUCAAGAAACGAAGGAGAAAAUAGCUGGUAGCCACUUGUAAUUUCUUAUUUUUUUCUAAUUGCUUGUACCUUCUAUCUUCUUGUUAGCACAAAUAUUACUAUGAUCCAUGUUAUUUGGUCGUGGACUGCCAAAUUAGGAUGCUCAUUGAGCCGACUUACAGGCUAUUCUUAUAAUUAAAGGGAUGAUCAUUGUUUACUUGUAAAGGAGGUAAAAUCUAAGGGACGAUUUUAUCUGAGAUCUUAUAUAUCCUCUUGUGCGGUUUUUUGAUUUUGAAUAAAACUUAGUCUUCUUGAUGGAA